CCGAUUCCACUUGGGUUUCGGUUCCAAAGCGGUGCAGUUAUAAGCGGAAAUAUCCUGAGACUAACAUAGAGCAGCGCAGUGCGAAAGCCAGCGACGGUUGAAAUCGCCUUUAACUUGCAAAAAUAUUAAGUCGUGCAAAUUUGAAUAUCCUACAACAUUUUUAAGACUCAUCUAAAAACUUCUCUCAUUUUUUGGCUUUAUCUCAAAAAAGGCUAGUUAAAUCGCAGCGCAAUGAUGACAAAUCGCUUCGCUUUCUGCGCCUUGGCAUUGAUGACCAUUUAUCUGCUGGCAAUCUCGAGGACCGACGCUGCACCCAUGCCCAGUCAAAGUGCCAACGGCGGCUAUGGCUCCUACAACGAGCUCGAGGAGGUGCCCGACGACCUUCUGAUGGAGCUGAUGACACGCUUCGGUCGCACCAUAAUCCGAGCACGUAACGAUUUGGAAAACUCGAAGCGCACCGUCGACUUUGGAUUGGCGCGCGGCUAUUCCGGCACACAGGAGGCAAAGCAUCGCAUGGGCCUGGCUGCGGCCAACUUUCCCGGCGGACCGGGUCGGAGGCGACGAUCCGAGACCGAGGCUUAAACGGGCGAUGAUCACGACCACGAGAUGAUGUCUUACCAAAAAAAAAAAACGAAUUCCCCAAAAGCUACAAGAAACUAACAACAGAUAUUGUUACGAUUUCCACAGUCUUUAUACUAAUGUACAAUUUGAACUGUUCGCAGCCAUUUUAAUCCCAUUUAAUUACAAUACUAUUGAUACUUCCUGUUACGCAUUGUAUAUACAUAUUAAUUGGCAUUUCUAUAGACGUGGGAAUAUUCGCGUUUUAGUUUUGAAAAAUUGUUGCUCCACUGUUGAAUGAAUUUAUGCACCCUCAAUCUUUAUAUAUUAAGAUCAUAAUCCACUCUCGCUCUCUCGCUCGACUUAAUGCCUGAAUAAAUAAAUAUACAUACAUAUAUAACCCAUUUAGUAAAAAUGUAGGAACAAGUACAAUGCUAUAACUAAAUUGAACUGUAAUUAAACUCGCGCAAAAAAUCUUUAAAUAGGUAUGCCUUAGUAUUAACACACAAAAUAUAUAUACACCCACAAAUAUAUAUCUAUAUAUAUAUCAAUAUAUAUCUAUAUAUGUAAGUAUGCACAUGAUAGUUGCCAUAGGCAACUUAUUUGCUAGAUCCAAAGUCAAAGAAGUGCAACUUAGUUUCCCGCUUACACGUUGAGUUAAUGAGUACUAUAUGAGAAAUAAAAAUAUUUUACUGUGUCACCUGAAAA